CGGUCUAGAUGUCAUGUUGCCUCCAAUGCUGCAGAUGGCGCUGCGGGUACUAUAAGCAACUGGCUAACUUCCGCUUGCAGGGUACUAGCUAGUUUUCUCGAUUCAGAGAGGAAAACGUGAAGAAACCCCGUUAAAAUGGGUUUCGUCAAAGUGGUGAAGAACAAGGCUUACUUCAAGAGAUAUGAAGUCAAAUAUAGGCGAAGGAGAGAGGGGAAAACGGACUAUUAUGCCCGCAAACGCCUGGUGGUACAGGACAAGAAUAAGUACAACACACCCAAGUAUCGACUGAUCGUCCGCUUGUCUAACAGGGACAUCUGCUGCCAGAUUGCCUAUGCAAAGAUUGAAGGAGACCACAUUGUGUGUGCCGCUUACUCCCACGAACUGCCUAAAUAUGGCAUCGCUGUAGGUCUCACUAACUAUGCUGCGGCCUACUGUACCGGACUCGUGCUGGCCCGCCGGCUGUUGCACAAGUUCGGCAUGGAUCAGGUGUACGAGGGUCAGGUGGAGGUGACGGGCGACGAGUUCAACGUGGAGAGUGUGGACGGUCAGCCUGGCGCCUUCACCUGCUACUUGGACGCCGGCCUGGCCAGGACCACCACGGGGAACAAAGUGUUUGGAGCGCUGAAGGGAGCCGUCGAUGGGGGGCUGGCCAUUCCUCACAGCCUGAAACGUUUCCCCGGUUAUGACACGGAGAGCAAAGAAUUUAACGCCGAGGUGCAUCGGAAGCACAUCAUGGGCAUGAAUGUGGCUGACUACAUGUCGUACCUGAUGGAGGAGGACGAGGACACCUACAAGAGGCAGUUUUCGCGCUUCAUCAAGAACGGGGUCACACCGGACACAGUAGAGGAAAUGUACAAAAAAGCACACGCCGCCAUCAGAGCGAGCCCUGUUCAUGAAAAGAAACCCAAAAAAGAGGUCCAAAAGAAGAAGAGAUGGAACCGCGCCAAGCUGUCCCUGGCACAAAGGAAGGACCGCAUCGCCCAGAAAAAGGCCAGCUUCUUACGAGCGCAAGAGCGAGAGGCCGGCGACGGUUAGCGGCUCCGCUCCGGCGCCUCAGCGCACAGCACAAACAAAUAAAUUUAUUCCAAAGUCAA